GUUUGAUCUUGUUCUCUCAUCAUCACCAUCAACAGGAGACGUGACUCGGUCUGGCCAUCUCACCACUAGUACUGCUCCCUCAACCACUCCGAGGCCUUCGCACCAGACCGAAUCUGAGGCAGUUGACCGUGACCGCGUUGCGUCGAACGCAUAUCGAGGUCCAGGAAAGCGGAUUCAGCGGACCGCGAAAUAUGUCACAAGCAGAUUCCUCCGAUGCAGGAGUCCCAGCAGGGAGAACCAGCUCUGAGGGCCUAACAAAGGAGCCUGAGGUCGUACCAGAGCCUCAGCCGUUGGUCAUGCAGAUUGUCGUGAGGCGCGACUUGCUCGAUAUCGCAGGGUGGGGUGUCGGUCCGCUAAUGGCACAGACCGCUCAUGCGACAGCCGCUGUACUAUACGAGACACGCGAUCUCCCUGAGACCAAGGCAUACCUCGACGAUUUGAAGAAUAUGCGGAAAGCCGUCCUCCAGGUAGCGGAUCGGAAGGGCAUCGAGAAGCUUGCCGCUUUGCUUUCCUCAGCGGACCCACCGGUGUUGCAUCAUCUAUGGGUCGAGCAGCCGGAGAACGAGCCAUCUUGCCUUGCGCUGGCGCCGAACCGGCGCGAGAGCAGAGUGAAGAGGGCAUUGGACAAGAGUGGGUGUAGGUUGUGGAAGGGCUAGGGCUCACGUAGCGUGCACGGGAAAGGGUAUGUAGCGAGGUAGUUGUGUUUCCAUGAGCUAGAUGGAAUUGUGUUGUCCUCUUGCAUGUAGCCUGAGACUGUAACGGUGUUCAUUGCGCUCC